CGCACACACACACACACAUGCACACAUACUUGCGGCUGGACGGCUGUAAGCGCACAGAAGAUGGUGGCGGCUGCUGCCACUGCGAUGCCCACUGCGCCUGGAUAGCACGCACAACAGAUUUCAUGCAGGUGUCGAGGCUGCUGCAGCGCACACACACUGGUCAACUAGCGGCGAUAAGACAAUCUCACUUCACUGUGGACGAUGCAGGGAAUGGAGAGACUGGACGAUGCAGCAGCCCUAAGCCAUUAUUUGUCUAGGGUAUAAGUGGAAUUCUUUGGAGAUUAAAAAGCAACAUGGCAUCCCCCCAACAUCAACAACUGCUGCCUCGCAACACAGAAGUGAGCUGUGACUCAAGUGGAGAUGGAGGCGUCUCAGUGAGGAUUGGCAGUAGUGUCAAACACAAGCAUGGAGGCGGGCCGCUGGGUUCAAUCGGGGGAGGCUUCAUGGGGGGAUCCAAGCACUGCAAGUACAGCAUUUCCUCCAGCUGCAGCUCCGGAGAGUCCGGUGCCAAGAGGCUCGUGGUCAAGAGCAAUCGCGCACAGAAGAAGAUGCCUCAGCUUUUUGAGAGAUCUGCUGGUCAUUUCUGGGACCCAAAGUUUGACUCUUCAAUCCUGGAGGAGGCCUGUAGGGAACGGUGUUUCCCUCAGACCCAGCGGCGCUUCCGCUAUGUGCUCUUUUACCUGGUUGCUGCUGCCCUCCUCUGGGGAUUAUACUUUGCUGCCAACCCUUCCCGCUGUGACAGGACUGCCUUUCUCCUUCCCACUGCAUCCUUCCUCCUUUUCUGCCUCCUUCUCUUCCUCUUAACUUUUACUAAGCUCUACUCUCACUGCUACAAUCAAGCGUCUCUGCUGCUCAUCAUUGUAACCUUCACCUUGACUCUGGCCCCCCAGAUCCAGACAUCAAGCUUCAGGGACCCGGAGACUCCCUCACCUGCACUCGAUGGGGAAGAGUUCAGUGGCAUGGGACCCACAUACAACCUGUCUUAUGACAAACCCCUGGGAGGUAACGCCUGGUCCCCUUGUCUGUCUCCUGUUGGCACCUUCUCCCUCUGUAUCGAGGUUCUUCUGCUGCUAUACAGCGUUCUCCAUGUUCGUCUCUAUGCUUCUGUUUUGCUUGGGUUUCUCUACUCUGUCUUUUUUGAGAGUUUGGGCUGGCUGCAUCUCACCCAGGCAGGGGAAAGCUGGGGCUUAGCCUCUCAAUCAGACUGGGAUACGUUAUGUUGGCUUGGCCCAGCCAAAGCUCUGCUUCAUCUCUGUGCCCACGCCAUCGGCAUCCACCUAUUCAUCAUGUCUGAGGUGCGGUCACGCAGCACCUUCCUUAAGGUGGGACAAGCUAUCAUGCAUGGCAAAGAUCUGGAGGUGGAGAAAGCCUUGAAGGAGCGAAUGAUCCACUCUGUCAUGCCGAGACUUGUGGCUGAUGAACUGAUGAAGCAGGGUGACGAGGAGAUAGGUGAUAAUUCUGUCAAGCGAUACUCCACCAGCGGUGCAGCAGCUGUCAUCUCCAGCCCUAAAAACAAUAAACGCAAGAAAACCUCCAUCCCUCGUGGCCAGAUUAUCUUCAGACCCUUCAACAUGAAACGGAUGGAGCCUGUCAGCAUCCUCUUUGCAGACAUUGUGGGUUUCACAAAAAUGUCUGCCAACAAAUCUGCUCAUGCCCUCGUCGGACUUCUAAAUGACUUAUUUGGACGUUUUGAUCGACUUUGUGAGCUCACUGGCUGUGAAAAGAUCAGUACUCUGGGAGACUGUUACUACUGUGUGGCUGGUUGUCCUGAACCAAGACCAGACCAUGCCUAUUGCUGCGUGGAGAUGGGCCUGGGCAUGAUUCAGGCUAUUGAACAGUUCUGCCAGGAGAAGAGGGAGAUGGUCAACAUGAGGGUGGGUGUCCACACUGGCACUAUACUGUGUGGUAUCCUGGGCAUGAAACGCUUCAAGUUUGAUGUUUGGUCCAACGACGUCAACCUGGCCAACCUAAUGGAGCAGCUGGGAGUGGCUGGGAAGGUCCACCUAUCACAGGCCACUGCUAACUUCCUGGAUGAUCGCUACCAGCAUGAAGAUGGACAAGUCAUUGAGAGAAUAGGACAGAGUGUGGUGGCUGACCAGCUCAAAGGCCUGAAGACCUACCUGAUCUCUGGCAGGAAGGUGGAGCCUCCCUCUCUCUGCAGCUGCUCUCAGUUGGGUUUGGCGGGGCUUGAGCUUGCAGAUCGUCGGAGCCCCACUUCCAGGGUGCACACACCUGAUGGAGCCCCUGCAGCCUGCAGCCUGCCUCCAGAAAUUGCUAAGUCUCCUUGUAUAUCCUGCAGUGUGGUACUGAUACCAGGGGAGGAUCAGGUUCUGGAGGAAGCAGCUGUGCACAAUGGCUGCCCUGACGACCACAAGACCAUCAUUAACAAGGACAUUCCAAAUCUGAAGUGUUCCCCAGCUGUUUCUGCAGGGCGCAGCCCCAAAACCCUAAACGGCCUGCUCAGUCCUCAGCUGGAAGCCUUAAACAACAGCCAGACGUCCCUAUGUGAGAUGCUGCAGGAGAAGGAGAAGAAGACGUGGAGCGGAGGAGCCAUGGGCAUGGACCAUUCAGUGCUCAUCCCGCUACGCUCCAAGAACUUCAGGGAGAGGAGCGAUGCUCACUUUGUGGAUGUUAUUAAAGAAGACAGCCUUAUGAAGGACUAUUUCUACAGACCUCCCAUAAACAAGCUGAGCCUCACCUUCCUGGAGAGGAGCCUGGAGUCUGCUUACCGGAUAAGCUACCAGGAGGAGGUGGAAAUCCAGACACCAGUGCAGACUUUAGCCAGUCCAACAUUCAGUUCUUUCCUCGACAUGCUGCUGUGCUGUUCAGUGUUUCUGGCUCUCUCACUGGCCUGUUUCCUUCGACCGCUUGUUUCUCAGCAGAGUUUGUCCACACCAGCACUCAUUCUGACAGCUGUAGUCGCCCUGUUGGAGGCUCUGGCUUUGCUGUUUGCUAUACGUAUGGCUUUCUACCUGGACAGUGUGCUUAAUUGCACUCGGGUGCUGAUGACAGCCAUUUCAGGCUGGAUAGCGCGUCACUUUAUAGGAGCCGUCCUGGUCUCCCUGCCCACUGUGGCUGUCUUCUCUCAUGUCGCCUGUGACAUGCAUCUCUCCAUCCAGUUCACCAUGUUCAUCUGCUGUGCUGUCAUCAUAGCUAUCAUUCAGUACUGUAACUUCUGCCAACUCAGCUACUGGAUGCGCUCAGUUCUAGCGACUUUGGUGGGACUAGCACUGCUUACCUUGCUCUUCGGCUCCCCCUGCAGUGUUGCUAAGAGUCUGUUUUUCUGGUCAGAUGGCCAGAGCAAUAACAGCAGCAGCAAUAGCUCCAAUGUCAUGUCUGACAGCCCAGCAGACCCAAACCCACAGGACCUGCUAGGCCCUGAGGCCUGCGUGGCCUUUUUCCUGGUCCUUCUCCUCAUAUGGUUCCUUAACCGUGAAUUUGAGGUCAGUCACCGCCUGCAUUACCACGGCAACGUCGAGGCUGAUCAACAUCGCAUCAAGAUCCAGAACAUGAGGGACCAGGCUGACUGGCUGCUUCGCAAUAUCAUCCCUAUCCAUGUGGCCGAGCAGCUGAAGGUCACCCAGAGCUACUCCAAGAACCACGACAAUGUGGGUGUAAUAUUUGCCAGCAUUGUUAACUUCAGUGAGUUUUAUGAGGAAAGCUACGAGGGAGGCAAGGAGUGCUAUCGUGUCCUCAACGAGCUAAUUGGAGACUUUGAUGAGCUGUUACGGAAGCCUGCCUUCUCAAAUAUGGAAAAGAUCAAGACCAUCGGUGCCACGUACAUGGCAGCAGCAGGACUCAAUGCGCAGCAGUGUGCCGAUGCGGCACAUCCUCAUGCUCACCUCCGCGCUCUUUUCGAAUUCGCCCUGGAAAUGAUGCGUGUGGUAGACGACUUCAACAAGAACAUGCUGGGCUUUGGCUUCAAGCUUCGCAUUGGAUUCAAUCACGGGCCUCUUACAGCCGGGGUGAUUGGCACCACUAAGCUUCUCUACGAUAUCUGGGGCGACACAGUCAACAUCGCCAGUCGCAUGGACACUACAGGUGUGGAGUGCCGUGUCCAGGUCAGCGAGGAGAGCUAUUGUGUGCUCAGUGCCAUGGAUUAUGAGUUUGAUUACCGUGGCACAGUUAACGUCAAAGGCAAAGGUCAGAUGAAGACCUUCCUCUACCCGAAGAGCAGCGACAGUGGCCCUGUGCCUCAGUACCAACUCUCAGUCUCACCAGAGAUCCGGGCACAGGUGGAUGGUAGCAUUGGGCGCUCGCCCACUGAUGAAAUUGCCAGCAUGGUGCCAACAACCAGCAUAACUGCAAGCAGUACCAAUACUAUAGUACCCAGUGCCAGCGCCGGUUCCUCUACUACCACAGGGCUUAACCAUGAGAAACAGGUGGACAGCCGUGAAAGACGUCCCUCUACAGAGACCUCUCAUGCCAGACGUUCUACGUCUCACCAAGAAGGAGCUCAUUCUUCUGCAAAUAAACAACUCAGCUCAUCCUCAGUCCAGCAAGACACACCCCAAAAUUCCACAACAAUGUCCCAGAAAGACAUCAAGAAGGACAAAUGCGAUGGUGAUUAUGACAGCAAUGUCGGAGAGUUAACCAGACUUUAAGCAUUUGCUACAAUGGCGCUUUUAUCAUAAAUCUAUCUCUACCCUUUAAGCUCUUGUUCCUGCCGGUUGGCAUUCGUAGAAUCGCUGUUUAUUUGGUCCUACCCAAGGUUAGAAUCUGAGAGAAAGACCCACAGGCCUCUUCUCUGCAUCAGCAGCUUAUUUUUACUGUCCAUCUGAUUGGCUGAUGUUAUCAGUGGAGGGAUCUAGCUGGACCACAGAGUGAGUGUCAGGCAGCAACACUCAGAGAAAAUGGGAAGAAGUGAUGGGUCACUCUGAACCUUCUCUUGCCUGCUACAGAUCCCAUCGUCUCCCAUUAACUUACUUGAUUAUCUGUAUACCUUUAAUCCUAAUUAUUUCUUUCAUAUGUCUUUUAAGUGCCUUUAGAGUAGAAUAAUGUGUAGACUAAGCCUUUUUUUCAGCAAGGGAAGCAUAACAAUAAGGGAAAACUGUAAAAAAGCUAACUUUUUGUAAAAACCGCAAUGCUUUAUUUUACUUUAUUUUGUAAAAGAUACUUUGCUAUGUUAUAUUCCCUUUUCUCAAAGAGGAGCUCAUCUUACACAUGGAAAGUGCUACAGCGUGAGGAGAAUCACAGUAUGUGUUAAGUAAAGGGAAAUACGAUGUUACGCCAAGAUAUGUAUUAGUAAAAUCUGCACUAGUGCGUGUUUCCAUGUUCUUCAUGAGAACCAGAAAACUCUUCAUGAAAGGCACAGCAGAGACUAAUCGAUGCAGGCUAAGGGCUGGAGGGGCCAAGCUGCGUGUCAUACGAGUAUAUUUGCAUGCAAACCGUGUGUGUGUGUGUGUGUGUGUGUGUGUGUGUGUGUGUGUGUGUGUGUGUUGUGUGUGUGUGUGUGUGUGGUAACAAAAUCACGCAGGCUUUAAUAAGGAGACGUCCCUGCGAGUUACUUGACUGACUUGAUGAAACUGCAGGAUGAUGACGAACAGUUUAGGAACGCAGUCGGUAAAACAAAUCUUGGUUGCCGAUGUGGCGAAUUUCUUCUCUGGCCUUGGUUAAGAUCUUUGUACUGCCUCAGUACUGAGGCAUGAUGGUCUCAGCUACAUUUAAUCAGCAUGCUUGCAAAAACAGCAUUGUAGACGAGGUUAACUGUGACUAAUGUUUGUGCCCUCCCCGUGAUCCUGGUUCUUAUGGGAAUGCAGGCUGUGUUAAGUGUUGAUGAGUAUUUCAAUGGACGCUACAAGGCACUGCUGUACCUGUAGAUUGUCUUGACUGUAGAUCGAUUAGAGAAAACAACUGCCUAGGUUUCGCUUUGAAUUUCACUGUGUCUUAGUUGAUAGAGCUGUUAAGAAAUGGAUAAUCAAAGUGGAAUGUCCCAAAUCAAAACUAAAUGUGUUUUAUUGUAUUUAUUGUUACACAAAACUUGAACUGUUUAAGUGAAGCUAUCCUCUCCAGUGUUUAGUAUUUGAAAGACAUUACUAGAUGGAAUCACCUGGACGCAUUCGCUGCUUCGCAAUUUUAAUGGCAUGAAACUUGAUGUACUAGCACAGUAAAUGCAAAGGCAGUGAAAUUUUAUACUAUAGGUGUUUUAUCUUUAUUUUAUACUUAAUUGAUUUAAUGCUAUUAUAUCAUAUUACUAAGGAUAUCAAACUGAUUAAACUGUACAUCUCUGUUGCUGUUACAGUUUCCCUCUCUCACUGUUUCUUAGCAAAAAGGAUUGUGUGCUCAGAGGCAAAAAAGUUUUACCAUGAAAUCCUCUUAAUUGUCUUAUUUUGGACGUUUCAGUACCGCAACACCUUAACCUCAUGUUGUUGAAUUACUGUUUCAUAAUUCGUACUAAAGCAAACAAGACAAAUACUGCAGAAAAACAAGUUUGCCUUUUUUUUAAAUCAUCAAAUCAUUUAUUCCAACUGCCACAUUUAAGGUUACCCUAAUGGAUCAAUAUUAUUCUAUGUGUGCAGAUAAGGUUGCUUGUGCCUUUUAACUUAUAACUUGAAUUUCCUUAUCUUUUUUCUCUGUCUGCUCUGAGUUGCUUUAAUUUUUAUGGACAAUAAAUAUUUCCAAAGGCUCAUGGUAAGCAGGAGAAUGUUCACUAAUGCUUAAUUUUGAUGGUUGAGGUUUUCUAAGGUCAUGAAAUUUGAGCAGUGCCUUUUCUUAAUGCAAACAAUGUAAACAUACCAAACAUAUUCAAUAUUAGUUGGCCUUAAUGAAUUUUGUGAAUCCCUUGAUGUUUGGCCUUCCAUUGUGUUCUGUAUCUAUUGCUCGGAUGGAGUUGGGUUGAUUUAAAUGCAAUAAAAAAGUUUGCAAGAACAAAUUACCUUUUUUACGCUUAUGAGCACACAGCCCUUAUACUUGCCCAAAAUUAGUGUUUGUUAUACUACAAUAAAGGGACGUUUAUAAUAAUUAUUGUCAUUAUCCAUGGUCAAGUUCUUAAUAGAGGUUACGGUACUUGAGUGUCAGAUAAAGCAUAUAAGCUACAUUUCUUUUUUCUCCUCCUUGUCCUUGUAUUUUUUAUGAACUCUGAACAUUUGUUUCUGGAUUAGUGUUGUAUGUGGGACAAACGGUAACACUUAGACAGGUGUGUCAACUAAUAGCUUUGAUUGCCCCCCCCCCCAUGUUUUACUCUAAACGUGAGCUAAAAUGUUAAAAGCUAAAUUUGGUUUGAUUUAUCGAGUUGUAAGUGACAUUUCUUCUUCGCAGAAUGGCACACUGUGAGAAUGUGGAUGCCAAAGAGUAUAAUUAACAUCUCUUGGAGUUUCUUUGUUAAUGUUUCUUCUCCUUAAUUUGCAGGUUGUGUUGUGAAGAUUCAAGAAAUGUCAUUCAUAUAUUCAAUGAUAAAACACAUUUGCACAAGACGCUCACUUUUUAUGUACAGUAUGCCUUUAUAUUGUAUAGUAUCUGAGCAUUUUCUAUUUAUACAAGCGCAUGUACUAGAGUAUUAAACAGUCUAAAGAACUGGGUUAUUUUAACAAUGUUGGAAUAAUACUUGUGUGUUCUUGCCUGCACGUGUGUAAAAAAAGUGUUUGUAAAACUGUGUGGUUUUAUGUGUUUUGGAAGGGAUGCUCCAAUCUUAUUAUUUAAAAAAGUAAGUCACUAAUGCUUCAAUCAAUGCAGACGUCUUGUUUUUCUUAAAUUCAAUGGGCGAGAUACUACCAGAUGUCUGCAGGUAGGCAGUGUUUCAGUAGCCUGCUACAGCCAAGUUUGAAUGAGUUGUUGCAUUCUUUGGUAAUGUUUUUGUAUAUAGCACGCUAAUAAGUAUGCAAGUGAAGGUUAAAACUGAAUAAAGUCAGUUGCUGGGAA